CGUCACUCAACCCAGCGCCUUUGAUUCCUGAAAGGGGAAGAAGAAACAGAGUUCCGAGAAGCUCUCGAUCCAUUUUCAUGGCGGCAGCUACUUUCUUUCCUUAUCAAACUUCAUUCAACAAUCGCCAUUAUCUUUCUCGCGAUACUCGAUUUCGUUCUCCUCUUCGAGUAUCCACUCGUCGUUCUUUCUCGUUUACUGUUCGGGCGAGUUCGACGCUUGUUCUUGAGUCGGAUUUAAGCAUUCAGCAGGAUCGUAAUUCAAAAAUUGACGUGUUUUCAUGCCCGGUUUGUUUUGAACCACUGUUGAGAACAGGCCCGCCAGGUUUCAACUUGCCAGCUAUUUAUAGGUCUGGUUUCAAGUGUGGAAGAUGCAAUAAGUCAUACACUAGCAAGAACAUCUUUCUGGAUCUUACAGUUACUUCUGGAAUGAAGGAAUAUGUUGAAGUCAAACCUGGGGGAACUGAGCUGUUUCGGAGUCCACUUGUUUCAUUUCUGUAUGAAAGAGGAUGGCGUCAAAACUUCAACCGAAGUGGAUUCCCCGGCCCUGAUGAAGAAUUUAAAAUGGCUAUGGAAUAUUUUAAAUCUGCUGAAGGUGGUCUUUUAGUGGAUGCAAGCUGUGGUAGCGGUUUGUUUUCCAGAAAAUUUGCAAAAUCUGGGGCUUUUUCAGGUGUUAUUGCACUUGAUUUUUCUGAGAAUAUGCUCCUCCAGUGUUAUGAUUUCAUCAAGAAAGAUGCUACUCUUUUGAACAGUAAUCUUGCUCUUGUGAGAGCAGAUAUCUCUAGGCUUCCCUUUUCAUCAGGAUCAGUGGAUGCUGUUCAUGCUGGUGCAGCAUUGCAUUGUUGGCCAUCUCCUUCCAAUGCUAUUGCUGAGAUCACUCGUGCAAUGCGGAGUGGUGGAGUAUUUGUGGGAACGACUUUUUUGCGGUACACAUCAUCCACUCCCUGGUUUGUAAGAAUUUCUAGAGAGCGUGCCUUUCAGAACUUCGGCUACUUAACAGAGAAAGAAAUAGAGGAUUUGUGCAAAUCCUGCGGUCUGAUUAACUAUUCAAGCAAAAUUCAGCAAUCUUUCAUUAUGUUCUCUGCUCAGAAGCCAUGAAAGUAAGUUCUCAAUCUCAUCUUCAUUUGUGAUAUCUAAAAAUUUAUAACGAUGAUUGAAUACAAUAAUGUGGAAAUAUCUGGAACUGAAAAUGAUAAUUAAUUGAAUUGAAUAGAAUCAUUUGUUAAUAAAUACGCCACAAUUGUCAAUCUUGAGAAGAGACAUGUAAAUUGUAAUAAUAAUAGAAAUACUUCUCUCUUUGUGUUUGUAGUAA